UUUUUUGUCCCGAAAUUCGCUCUUUGCGAGUUUUAUUCUUCAAUCACCACUUCGUAUCGGCACACUUUGCCGGCCCCUAAUUACGCCUUCACACACAUUUGCGGGCGGCCUCGCAUCAAUCAACCAUUUUCCCAACGAAUUUGAGUUUCACUCAUAUUUUGUCUCGUUUUGAGCAUUGAAAAAUAAAAGCUCUCCUGAUCAAUAUUAAACCUCCGUCAUUCCCUCGGCCGUGUCUUUCGACAAUUACUUUCGACCGUUCAACUUUUAACUCAAAAAAAUCAUCAAAAUGCCUUCAAACUACGAAAGGCUCUCCCGCCCUAGCGGCGACACCACUCUGGCUGUCCCUGAAAAGGCUGCUUCAACAACUCUCACAGUCAACGAAACUCCUCGCGUCAGCACAACAUCGACGCCUCAGACAGACAAACUCAACCCCUUCGACACCGACAUUGAAGCCAUGGUCACAAACACACGAACAGAAUCAAACAUGCACAAAACAUCGAGCAGCCCUCUUGCCAGAAAGACGGACUGCCAAGUAUGGCCAGGAAAGGACCACUGGAAGCAACAGGCCAAGGCCGCAAAGGCAAAGAACCGCUGCACCUGUAUGGCCCACCUCAGCAAGCGCAAUCGCUGGAUCGUCAAGGGACUCAUCAUCCUUCUUGUUGUGGGAAUCGCAGUUGGUGUUGGUUUUGGCGUCAGCAAGCCACUCAACGCGCCCAUAUGGGGCGACAAAGACGACAAGUAAAUUCAAUUCGUUUCUUCUGUCCAAGCAUACUAGACACCCGCCAUGGACUUCUUUUAUCGCACAAGGGCUUUGUUUGUUUUUCGGUUCAAUUGCCUAGCGCGCUGGAUUUUCCUUUUCUUUCCCACAUCAUGAACAGGCGUUAUGGCGUCACAUUUACUUUCAAUUGUGGCGGCGAGGAGUGAUGGAUUACAGAACAUUGGGUCUUCUGUUUUUACAGUUUCGCUAUUUACUAUAUGGUAUAUGGUCAGUAGACUAGAGUCUAGAGGAAUAAAGAGUCUCCUCGGAAGGAGAC